UUCGCUUUCUCUCUCCCCCUCUCUCCCCCUCUCUCCCAUUCUCUCUCCUCACUCAUGGCGCCAUUAGCAUUCCCUCCACCCACCCUUCCUGCAGCAAUCCUCCCCGCCACUGAAGCGGGGAGAGGUGGCGGCGGCCCCCCGCCGCCCAGGCCUCCAUCAUCCGCCGCCGCUCCUCCUCCUCCUCCUGAGGAACCGAAAAAAGUUUUCUGGCCUUUCUUUUUAAAAUGGCGUGAGGAGGAGAAAAGAAAACCUGACAAAGUUUCUUUUCCGCGAGCUACAUCAUUUCCGACACUGAGGCUCCUCAAUGGGUUGCCCAUCGUUGAGGGUGCAAUCUAUUCCCCUCCUCCUCCUCCCGAAUGGGGGGGCGGGGAGAAGAAGGAGAGAUCCCCUCCCGAGGAGCGGCGCGGCGAAGAAAAACAGGCUGAUAGAGUUUCUUUCCCACAAUCGUCUGCUUUUCCAACACUGAGGUUGGGCGACGAUUCCGCUGUAGUCAAGGUUCUGAAAGGCAAACCCUAGGCCUUUUCUAUAUUGCUUGAUUCAUAGUUUAGGUUUUAUGAACAUUCUUUUCGAUCCCCAUUUCUUUUAUUCGUUUCUCCAUUUUCUCUCUUGCGCGUGUUGUCUACGGUGGAAAAAGGGCAACACAGGGGUUGAAUGCCCUAGCCCGAGCGCAAUGAGGUGAGGUCAGAGCAGCGUUCACUCUUUUCUUUUAAACUCAAGAUUGCUUUUCAUUUUUGGGGAUGAGAGACGAGACCUCAACGACCUAUCUCAGUACUUAACAUUCCUCUUAUAUCAGUGUACGAUUCUUUGCAUUUUUGUAGAUAUCGAAU